AUGGUCCAGCAAGAUGGGAAUACAUCUGUGGGCAACAACACUGAUCACUGCUUUACAGAGAACCCAACUGUGUACACGGUCCUGUCCUCUGCAAUGAUAAUGGAGUUCAUUCUGGCUUUGCCCCUCAACCUGUCUGUGUUAUACGUGUUCCUCUUUAAAUUCAAAUUUUGGAAAACCAACAGCAUGUUCCUCUUCAACAUGGUGGUGGCUGACCUCUUGCUCGUCGGCUGCCUGCCAGUCAAAGCGUAUCACUAUCAGCAGGGCGUGCGGAGAAGCGAAAACAAGACUGUGUGUAAGUCGAUGCUCUUCAUGCUCUUCCUGAACCGCAGUGCCAGCAUUGCCUUUCUCACCAUGAUUUCCAUCGAUCGGUACCUCAGCGUGGUUCACCCCGGCAAAAAGAACUUCCUCAAGGUCUUGAAAAGGUCUCCGCACACUUCCAUCCUCAUCUGGGUAAUGCUCCUGCCCCUGACCAUCCCCACCAUGCUCAAGACCUUCGAGUGCUGCAACAGCCUCGGACGUGAAGACGACGGCCUGCUGGACGUCCUGACUGACGUUGUUAGGGAGGUCGUGUUUUUCACGCAGAUUCUCAUCCCGUUUGGCGUUCUCGUGUUUUGCACGGCGCAGAUCGUCAACAGGCUGAAAAAGAAAACGGUCGGAGACAAGACCAAACUGCGGAGGGCGGUCUUUCUUGUCUCGUCCGUCGUGUUUGUGUUUUCCCUCUGUUUUUUACCCUGCGCCAUAUCCAGGAUGGUCCUGCUGAUUGCGAGGAUCAAGGAGAACGAAAGGGCAGAGGAAAUUGCUGUUCAAGUCUAUGACAGUCUAAUGUGCUUCUCUUACAUUGAUUGCUUUCUGGAUCCUCUGGUAUACUGCUUUUGCUGUUCCAGGUUCAAAAACAUCUACAUGUCUACAUGUGUUUGCCCCUCAAGUCAAAGACUCGGUGUUCCUAUGAUAAGUUCGGCAAAGACUGGCGAUAGCAAGGAGCAGACUGCAGAGUCCUCUUGA